AUGAGUCUGAUCACAGAGCCUUCAACGGCUUCAUCGUACUUCCUAGAUGAAACGAUCCCAGUUACCCUGAUCACAAAUGGGCUAGGAAUUAUUAACCACGUGCAUUUACGUGUAGGUGAACGUCGUUUGCCCAACAAUGACACAGAGGUUCGAAUUGAGGUUAGUCGCCCAGAUGAUUAUCGCUUUGUUUUCGCAAAUGGAAUAACUCGAGAAUCGUUUGCUAUUCUUCGUGAUCGAUGCAACAUAUCCACUGAUUUUCAAAGUUUUGCUAAACGUAUUGUUCAACUCAUCAAAGACCGGGAAAGUUCCACCCCUCCAUUAAGGAUCGAUUGCGUCAUUGAUACAAAAGACGAUACGUGCAGCCUAGAGCUUGUCAGUCAAUUACCCGUACAUAUCUCGAAAAUUGAUAUUACUUUGCGUCGCGUUGUUGGUGAGGAGCUGAAUUAUCAUUUAAUUGAUGCACUGAGUCGGAUAAAGGAAAAACAUCGUGUACAAUUUGAACAAGAAAGAAAGGAAAGAAAAGAGUUUGAAAUUGAAACGAAAGCGGUUGCUGAUUGUGAAAGCAAAAGGCUUCGAGAAGAAAUUGAGAGACUAAAAGAAAAAGUCAGCUCAUUGGAAACCGAUUGCAGGAUUGAAGCGGACGAGAAAGAAACAGCAAAUGGUGCUCUAGAAGAUAUUCGAAAAGAUCUGAAUGAUGCUGAUCAAGAAAUCAUGGAAUUGAAUGAAGAACAAAAGUUUUUGCUGGAAGAACACGACCGUGUUUUGAAAGAGAACGAGCGUUUGAAAAAAGAUUUGAAAGAAGCACUGCAUGAUAGAGAAAUAGCCGAGGCCAAAGCAGAACAACAGCGAAAUCGAGCCGAGGAGAACGGCCGAAAGUUACGUGAAUCGAAUCGAAUUCUCAAGAAAACUUUGGAAGCAGUUGAUGAAGAAGGGGAUGAAAAUGAAAGGAUCGAGGAUCUGGUCCGUGAUAACACAAGGAAAGCUGAGGCCAUUCAAACGCUCACGAACGAAUUGAAAAAACUGACCGAAACAUACCAACAAUUACGUCUAAAAUCGGAAGAAUUACUAGAAGAGAACAAACAAUAUCGAAGACGAGAAGACACCGCAAAGAAGAUGUAUGGAAAUUUGGCACCAAAUCGGCAGAUCCCUACAAAUCAUUCUUCGACACAACUCGUUCAAGCUAGCCCAUUCUCUUUUCGACAGCAUCAGCCUGCAUAUACUCCGGCAAGUACAAAUUUACCACUCGGAACUUUUAAUGCAAAACAAACAACCCGCCAGACAUUAAAUCCAUUACUGGCCACGUCCUUUCAUCCAACAGGUACAAUUGAGACUCCGCUACGUAAUUCUCCACAGCAGCAAAUUCUCGCCAAAUUUCGUGGUACUGAAGCAAAGGAAAAUCAAAUUCCUGGACCAAGUGGGAUUUCCAAACAAAAA